UGGGAUGCUCAUUCUGCAUCAGUUGUGUCAUCUGUCCACAUCCCAACACACGGCAAUUUUCUGAUCACAGUAAACGUUCGAAAAAAUCAUCAUGCAAUUCUUGGUAGUGUUAGUAGCUGUUGUCGCAGCGGUUGCUGCGGCUCCACCUAAGGAAGCUGUCAAAGCUUUCCCUUACAGUGGAUUCCCAGUCAACCAGGCUUACUACCCAGGUCAACAAGCAUACUACCCAGGAUACCAAGGUUACCAAGGUUACAACUUCGGAUUCCGUAACGGAUACUACCCAGGACAACAAUCGUACUACCCAGGACAACAAUCGUACUACCCAGGAUACCAAGCCGGUUACCAAGGUUACUAUCCAGGAUACCAAUUCGGUUACCCAGGUUACAACCGUGGUUACUACCCAGGCGCCCCUGCUGUCUACCCAACUGUCAGUGCCGUCACUCCGGCCCCAAUCAUCGCACCUGUGCCAAUUGCCCCAAAAGUUGUUUCACCAGUAUACAAACCAGUAGACAACAAAUUGCCAGCUAUUGUUAGACAAUCGCAGGAAUCGAACGUUGAUGGUAACUUCAAAUACGGAUAUGAAACCGAGAACGGUAUUGUCGCACAGGCUGCCGGAUACGUGAAGAACGCUGGUUCUGAAAACGCCGUUCAAGUUAUUGAAGGUUCUUAUGCUUAUGUCGGUGAUGACGGUGCUCCAGUUGAAGUCAAGUACUACGCCGAUGAGACCGGUUACCACGCAUCUGGAAACGUCGUCCCAACCAUCCCCUCAGAAAUUGCCAAGUCUUUGGAAUUUAUUGCUUCCCAGCCACAGAAACCAGAAGACUCCAAAAAGAAGUAAACAUAGCCUGCAUUAAUCAUUUAUGCUGGCACGGCUCAAACACGUAUACCAUUAGCUAUUAGACACUGCGUGCAAAAUACGCACAUUUUUUAUCAUUGCAAAUAUUGUGUUUGCAGUGAUUUUCUUUAUUCGUAUUUGAAUGACGAAUAAGGAUAAAUUUACUGUACACAAUUCAGUUAUGUUGGAUGUAACAAAAAAACAUAAAAUAUAAAAACUUGAAGUUAAA